AUGGAAGAAAGAGAGCCAAUCAAGGAAACUCGUUACCAUUUUGCAGUUCAAUUAUACCCAUUUGCUGAACAAAUGAAAGAAAAAAAGAAAAAAAGUUUAUCGUUAGACAUUCCCCUAAAUGAGCCAAAAAUAAGUGGUGGAGUUAGUGAUUAUUCAUCAGAAGAGAAAAGUAUUCCUCAGUUAUAUACAACAAAAUUAUCAAAGAAAAACAUAUCAAUAUUUCAACAAUUUGAAGAUACAUUUACAAAUGAAGUCACCAAAGACAAAACAGAUGUAUUUGAAGAAAUUAUGAAAUACGAAUUUGGGGAUGUUUGUUUUAUUUUACUUUCUUUUUAA